AGGAGAGUGUGUUCAUACACAGACAGAUACCAGGGUUACAUAGGCACUUCCUCGUAAAUCUCCGCCCUUCGUCUCCGAAAUCUUGGACUGGUAAACCCCACUAUUCUACGUCGAUUGAGCGGUGGAAGGAAAUCCAUGGCGGCCUUGCAGUAUUUGGAAUCCCUACGGAAUGCUCACCCGGAGCUCUCCGAGUGGUACAACACGCUUUCAGAUCUGUACCAGAGGAAGCUGUGGCACCAGCUUACGCUCAAGCUAGAGCAGUUCGUGGCUCUCGCUGUGUUCCAGGCCGGAGAUGCCCUGAUCCAGCUUUACCAAAAUUUCAUAACUGAUUUUGAGACAAAGAUCAAUCUUCUCAAGCUUGCACAUUUUGCUGUCUUAGUCUCUCGGAAGUACUCAGAGAAAGAGGCUGCCAUAAACUAUCUUGAAGGUGUUAUUGAAAAACUUCGUAAUACUAGAGAAGCACGCAUAGAAGAGCCGAUACUUUAUGUCAAAAUGCAGAUUGGUCUGUUCAAACUUGAGCAGGGAGAUCAGAAAGAAUGCAAGAAUCUUCUGGAAGAGGGAAAGAGUACUCUUGACAGCAUGACUGACAUUGAUCCAUCGGUUUAUGCUAGCUACUACUGGGUUUCAUCUCAAUAUCACAAAUCCCGGCAAGAAUUUGCGGAGUUCUAUAGAAAUGCCCUCCUUUAUCUAGCUUAUACUUCAGUGGAAUCUCUGUCAGAAUCAUUCAAGCUGGAUUUGGCUUUUGAUUUAUCCCUCUCUGCCUUGUUAGGGGAUAACAUAUAUAACUUUGGUGAACUCCUAGCUCAUCCAAUUAUAAAAAGUUUGUCAGGAACUCCGGUUGAAUGGCUUUAUUAUAUCCUUGAAGCAUUCAAUUCUGGUGAUUUAGUGCGUUAUCAAGAACUGUGCCGUGUGCAUAGAGAUGCUCUGAAUUCUCAACCUGCAUUAGUCCAGAAUGAGAAAAAGCUUCUUGAGAAGAUCAACAUUCUCUGCUUGAUGGAGAUAAUCUUCAGUCGGCCAUCUGAAGAUAGAACCAUUCCAUUAAGCAUAAUUGCCGAAAGAACAAAACUUACCGUGGAAGAUGUGGAGUAUCUUCUUAUGAAGAGCCUUUCAGUGCGUCUGAUAGAGGGAAUCAUCGACCAGGUGGAAGGAACUGUGUAUGUGUCAUGGGUGCAGCCUAGAGUUCUUGGGAUUUCUCAGAUCAAAUCGUUGCGUGACCGGCUGGAUGGCUGGGUGGACAAGGUGCACACGGCUUUGUUGUCCGUUGAGGCUGAAACACCUGAUCUAGUGGCAGUGUAAUUUUUGGUCUCAUCCUCUUGCUCCACACAUUUUCUUUUAGUCGAGACCCAAGCAGAGAGAAGUGAAACUGCUGGCUGGGGGAUGGGGUUUCCUCGGCCAAGUUUACAUUUUAGGGCUCUCCGAGUGAGUGACGAUGAUGAAUGAUGAUGAUGCACCUGUAUGUUUUAUUAUUAUGAUUAUCUAUUAUUGCUGUUUUUGGCUAUUCUGUUGACUGACAAUCCAACCAAACCAAACCAAAGCAGCAGCAGCAGCUUUGAUGAUGACAUGAAUGCGAAUGUUGGCUACUUUGGUAUGAA